CCCAGCCCCUUCAGCCAUGCGCGGUGACGUCACAACACCCGUGGUUCUCCUUUCACCUGCGUACAAGAGUGGAAGUGAAACUUGGAAAGAGUGUUUAAAAACGGGCUCAAAUCGCAUUUCCGUCGUCGGGAAGACAUGGAACCGGCGUCCUGCUGCUCCGCUUCGUACAGUUAUGAUGACUACAAGGAGACUGCAGAUUGGCUGCUGGCCCGAACAAACAAGCAGCCUAAAGUCGCCAUCAUUUGUGGGUCGGGCUUAGGCAGCCUUGCUGACUUGCUGAAGGACAAAGUCGUCUUCCCUUAUAAGGACAUCCCACGUUUCCCGACCAGCACCGUGGCAGGCCAUGCCGGUCGACUGGUUUUUGGCAAGCUGAAUGGGCGGGAAUGUGUCUGCAUGCAGGGUCGAUUUCACUUCUAUGAAGGCUACAGCAUACAAACUGUGACGUACCCCGUGCGAGUCUUCUCCCUGCUGGGUGUGGAAAGUCUGAUUGUGACAAAUGCAGCAGGUGGACUCAAUGACAGCUACAAUGUGGGCGACAUUAUGGUCAUUAAGGAUCAUAUUAACCUGCCGGGUUUUUGUGGACAGAAUCCACUGGUUGGGCACAACGAUGACAGUUUUGGAGUGCGUUUCCCUUGCAUGUCAGACGCCUACGACCGUGACCUAAGAGCUUUGGCCUUCCAAACAGCACAAGAACAAAACAGUGACAGCUUCCUGCAGGAAGGAGUUUACUGUAUGGUUGCUGGACCAUCAUAUGAGACCAUUGCAGAGUGCAACGUCCUGCAGAGGUUCGGGGCUGAUGCCGUCGGUAUGAGCACGGUUCCUGAAGUGGUGGUGGCUCGACACUGUGGCUUGCGUGUCUUGGGUCUGUCGCUGAUCACCAAUAAGGUUGUGACAGAUUAUGACAGCGAUGUGAAAGUGAACCAUGAGGAGGUGUUAGCGACCACCGAGAUCCGGGCCCAGGACCUCCAGAGGCUUGUUAGCCACCUUGUCACAAAGAUCUAACACCUUCGAUCAAAUUUGCUGCAGCAAAAAGGAAGAGUUUCCAGUCUGGUGUGAUAGUAUUGAGAUAAUCAUAUCUACUUGAUCAGUUUGUGGCUAAUCCAAUAAUCCAAGAACCAGGAUCACAAUACCUUAUGAAACACUUAAACGUUGGACAUCAUAAUAUCUGAAUAUUUAGAUACCACAAUAACAAUAUAACAGCUGCACGGUGGUCGAGUGGUUAGCACGCAGGCCACACAGCUAGGACACCCGAGUUCAAUUCCAUCCUCGGCCAUCUCUGUGUGGAGUUUGCAUGUUCUCCCCGUUUUCUCCGGGUAUUCCGGUUUCCUCCCACAUUCCAAAAACAUGCUAGGUUAAUUGGCGACUCCAAAUUGUCCAUAGGUAUGAAUGUGAGUGUGAAUGGUUGUUUGUCUAUAUGUGCCCUGUGAUUGGCUGGUGACCAGUCCAGGGUGUACCCCACCUCUCGGCCAAAGACAGCUGGGAUAGGCUCCAGCACCCCCGCGAUAAGCGGUAGAGAAUGAAUGGAUGAAUGAAUGAAUGAAUCCACACAAAACAAUGUGAUGAAGUUGAUUUAUAACAAAUAAUGUAUCUUUGGGCUGCACGGCGGAUGAGUGGUUAGCAUGCAGGCCUCACAUCUAGGAGACCAAAGUUCAAUUCCACCCUCGGCCAUCUCUGUGUGGAGUUUGCAUGUUCUCCCCAUGCAUGAGUGGGUUUUCUCCGGGUAUUCCGGUUUCCUCCCACAUUCCAAAAACAUGCUAGGUUAAUUGGCGACUCCAAAUUGUCCAUAGGUAUGAAUGUGAGUGUGAAUGGUUGUUUGUCUAUAUGUGCCCUGUGAUUGGCUGGCCACCAGUCCAGGGUGUACCCCGCCUCUCCCCCAAAGACAGCUGGGAUAGGCUCCAGCACCUUCCGCGACCCUCGUGAGGCUAAGCGAUAGAAAAUGAAUGUUAUAAAUGGGCUGCACGGUGCAUGAGUGGUGAGUGUGCAGGCCUCACAGCUACGAUACCCGAGUUCAAUUCCACCCUCGGCCAUCUGAGUGUGGAGUUUGCAUGUUCACUCCGGUUUUCCUCCCACAUUCCAAAAACAUGCUAGGUUAAUUGGCGACUCCAAAUUGUCCAUAGGUAUGAAUGUGAGUGUGAAUGGUUGUUUGUCUAUAUGUGCCCUAUGAUUGGGUGACAACCACUCCAUGGUGUGGACUGGGUGUGGGAUAGGCUCCAGCCCUCCCCCGCGACCCCUGUGAAGAUAAGCAGUAGAAAUAAAUGAAUAACAAUAUAGCUAGCCACCUAUUUUCUAGACUUGUUAGGGUCAUGGGUGAGCUGGAACCUACUAUUCCAACAAUUUAGUGUCUCAAGCUUGCCCAUUUUAGGGAAAUGGGAAGAAACCGGAAUACCCACAGAAAACCCACACCAGGAAAAGAAAACAGACAUUUCAACACCCUGUAGUAUAGUCAUUAUUUUUAAAUGACUGUGUUAUUAUUCCUUAUGUUCUGUAUAGUAAAUCAAUACAUGGAUGUGAACUCCAACAUGUACGUAUGUAAUUUCAGCCACUUCCCUUCACCCAGGAACUGACUCAAGAUCCACUUGGUCCUGGUCCCAAGGCGCCACACAGUGGCUGUCCACUGCUCCUUAUGGAGUGUUAAAAAUAAAGUUAGAAUUGUAUUGAAUGAAUGCAUAUAUUACAUACAAUUUAUCAUAAUACAUGUAAAGAGGGGUGUCCAAGGUUUUUUUUUUUAAUUGUCUCUGAGCAUAUUUUCAAAAUAAAAUUAUGAAUGCGAUAUCAGAUAUCACAUUAACUUGAUUUAUCAACUUAAACACAUUGCUAAGAUGAGUUGAGAUAUCUUAGUAUAUAGACCUAUAUGAAAAUAUGAUGAUUGUUGAAAAAUCCUGAUUUGUCUUUGCAAAAUAAAGCAUAAAUCGAAAGGAAUCAGCACUGAUUAAUGAAUAUUGUAUUUUAGAAUUGCACCACUGUAAUAUCUAGAUGGGCCGUUAUACAAAGGCCUGCAGUUUUCACUCACCUCUAUGCUGAUCUGGAAACUCCUGCCAGAUCCCUUUGACCGUUCCAUUCAUUAGAGCGGGAAAAGACAUGUGAAAUCCUUUAUCAGCAGUUCACUGCUUAGAAUAGACCGUUUGUAUUGCAUUAUGCUAAUGACUUGAAAAGGGAAUCCCUCUCGAUAAAACCAACCAUCAUCAGAAUGUUACCUCUGGUAUUUGUAUUAUAGCUUUAAACUGAUACAGGGUCAAAUAAUAGGUUAAAUAAAAGGCAAAUAAAGUAAAGAAACAAAAAGUGUUUUUAUCAGGCAAAAUUAAAUGACAUAUUUGUAAGUUAAAUAAAAGGCAAAUAAAGUAAAGAAACAAAAACGUGUUUUUAUCAGGCAAAAUGACACUUUUGGUUUCUUUAAAAAUGAUAAAAACAGUUUUUGGGGCGGCACGGCGGUCUAAUGGUUAGCACACAGACCUCACAGCGAGGAGACCAGGGUUCAAUUCCACCCUCGGCCAUCUCUGUGUGGAGUUUGCAUGUUCUCCCCGUGCAUGCGUUCAUUUUCUCCGGGUACUCCGGUUUCCUCCCACAUUCCAAAAACAUGCUAGGUUAAUUGGCGACUCCAAAUUGUCCAUAGGUAUGAAUGUGAGUGUGAAUGGUUGUUUGUCUAUAUGUGUCCUGUGAUUGGCUGGCGACCAGUUGCCAGUAGACAACUGGGAUAGGCUCCAGCACCCCCGUGACCCUCGUGAGGAUGAGCUGUAAAUAAUGAUUGGCUGGCGACCAGUCCAGGGUGUACCCCACCUCUCGCCCAAAGACAGCUGGGAUAGGCUCCAGCACCUCCACGAUAAGCGGUAGAGAAUGAAUGAAUGAAUACACACAAAACAAUGGGUUGAAUUGAAGUUGAUUUAGAACAAAUAAUGUAUCUUUGGGCUGCAUGGUGGUCAAGUGGUUAGUGUGUCGGCCUCACAGCUAGGAGACCCGAGUUCAAUUCCAUCCUCGACCAUCUCUGUGUGGAGUUUGCAUGUUUAUUCCGGUUUCCUCCCACAUUCCAAAAACAUGCUAGGUUAAUUGUUGACUCCAAAUUGUCCAUAGGUAUGAAUGUGAGUGUGAAUGGUUGUUUGUCUAUAUGUGCUCUGUGAUUGGCUGGCGACUACACCAGUGUGUACGCCACCUCUCAGCCGAAGACAGCUGGGAUAGGCUCCAGCACCCCCGUGACCCUCAUGAGGAUAAGCAGUAGAAAAUAAAUGAAUGUUGGAGUCACACCAUUGGGAUAUAAGACAUCGCAAUUGGACAAGUGUUGCCAAAAAUGGCAAGUGCAAACUCCCCCUUAUUUUCUUUUAAUAAGCCAAAAAAAAGAAUAUAAAAUGAUCCCCCAGUCGAAAAACAUAAAGCCACCUCAGCCAUCCAACUCCAUUGUCAUUUUCCAUUCUUCAGUUUUUCAAAUUGCAAAUGCACAGUUUAAACGAGUCUCAAACAGAUGCUGUGGGAUUAUCAGGAUGGGGGAAAAUGCUGCUUCAUGCAUAAUUAGUGGUUAUAUAGCCUGUAGAGGUGUAUCCCACUGUGGAGCUGAAAUAUUAAUACAAAUGAGCUAAACAGCAUGGAGACACAUAUAACAUAACAUAUUGAGCUGUAUUGCUUCUACACAGAUUCUGUGAUCCACCUCAUUCCGAAAAUUCUCUGUUGUGUUGAGUGAAAAGAGGACACAUCCUCUGCUGAUUGGAUGCUCUUCGUCAUUGCCAUCAUUAGAUAUUCUAUGCAUAGUGUAGGGGGUGGAAAAUUACUGCUUCGCCUUUGUGACAGGUCAAGUUCAGCAAAGAAUCUUGAUGAGCAUGACUGUGCACUUUUUUUUCCUCACUCUCCCAGAAUCGUGUUGAUUGGCCAGUUUCCAUUUGCUGCGUCUUGGUGACAUCAAAAUUCAAUUACAGCACUGAGAACUGUUUGCUUACAGUAGGAGGCAAAACAACAGCGUUCCUUCUUAUGAAACUCAAUUUAACGCAGCUUUUAGCAUUUUAGCUUACAAAAAAACACGUUCAGCAUUUCUGAAAAUGUGCUUAUUCACUGUCUUUUCAUGGCGAUGACAAGAGAAACAAGUAAACAGAGGUUAAAGUUCUAGCAAGGUAUGUUGAGCGUAAAGCUGGGCUUGAACAUGGGGUCGAAAUUAACAGGGUAACUGGUAGCAACAGCUACGAAAGCGUCACUGUGGACCUCAUUCGGAGAUGGCGUCACCGUUUAUUGAGAACCUAGUGGACGUCGAAGGAAGAAUACGACAACUUCAAGGUCACACUGAUCCACUCGUGGUUUUCUCCAGGUACUCUGAAAUCGAACCCAGGUCUUCCAGAGUGUGUGGACAACAUGCUAACCACUCUUCCACCGUGUGGCC